AAUAAAAGUGAAUCGCUUGGACACGAAAUUUUUUGGCUAGUAGGAUAAAACUAGCCGAAUUCUGUUUUAUUGCUAACUAAAUACAGUAAAAAGAACAGAAAUUUCAUUUUUAAAAUAUUAGCAAGUUCAAACAUUCAAUAUGACGAUCGGCAAGAACAACAAAAUGAUCCAGCUCCUGAACUACCGGGUGCGGAUCGUACUGCAAGAUUCCCGCACCUUUAUCGGUACGUUCAAAGCAUUUGACAAACACAUGAAUCUGAUCCUCGGAGACUGCGAAGAGUUCCGUAAAAUCAAGCCGAAAAACACUAAACUGCCGGAGAGAGAAGAGAAGCGCGUUCUUGGAUUUGUGCUCCUGCGGGGUGGUAACAUCGUUUCGUUGACCGUCGAAGGUCCACCUCCGCCGGAGGAAGGUCUUCCCCGUGUUCCAAUUCCGGGAGGUGCCCCUGGACCUGGAAUGGGUCGCGUUGCUGGUCGAGGAAUGCCUGCAAACAUGGGCGGAGUUCCGCCCGGGCUGCAAGGUCCGGUACGUGGCGUUGGAGGGCCUUCCCAGCAACAUAUGGCUCCCGUUGGUCGUGGAGGGCAGGUUUCUGCUCCACCGCAGAUGCGUCCAAUGAUGCCCGGGGGACCACCACCCGGUAUGAUGCCUGGUCCGGGUGGCAUGAAUCCUAUGGCCGGGAUGGCCCGUGGUGCUCCGCCACCAAUGCGAGGGCCGCCGCCCGGUAUGAUGCGUGGUGGUCCUCCACCAAGGCCAUACUGAGCGGGGUUUCAACCUACUUUUUACAUUAGUAUUAAGAAUUAAAUGGAUUGUAAUGCAGUUUUCAGGCGUUACCAUAACUUACCCAAUUAAAUGGCUACACUUUA